CACUGAUAAUACACACACACCACUACUACUUUCACUUGUUCUGUUCUACUAUAUCCUCAAUAUACAUGAUGGAUAAUUCCAAGAAAUCCCCCUUGAAACCAUGGAAGAAAGGGCCAACCAGAGGCAAAGGUGGCCCUCAAAAUGCUUCGUGUGAGUAUCGAGGUGUUCGUCAAAGAACAUGGGGGAAAUGGGUUGCUGAGAUAAGAGAGCCAAAGAAAAGAACCAGACUCUGGCUUGGUUCUUUUGCCACGGCUGAAGAAGCUGCCAUGGCUUAUGAUGAGGCUGCAAGGAGACUCUAUGGACCAGAUGCAUACCUUAAUCUUCCACACAUGCAAACACACUCCAAUUCAACUAUGAAAACUGGAAAGUUCAAGUGGUUGCCUUCAAAGAAUUUCAUUUCAAUGUUUCCUUCUUGUGGAUUACUCAAUGUAAACGCUCAACCUAGCGUUCAUUUGAUCCAUCAGAGGCUACAAGAGUUUAAGCAGAAUGCAGUUGUUGCAAGUCAAUCAUCAUUUUCUAGUUCAUCUAAUGAUCCAAAGGCAGAAGAAAUUCAGAAAGUAGACAGCAAGAAGAGUCAUACAGAAGAUCCUUUGCCAAAGGAAACAAUCGUUCAAACAUCGGCAAAUAAGAUGCUUGGAGAUCUUCAGGAGGAGAAACCACAGAUAGACCUAAAUGAGUUUCUUCAACAGAUGGGAAUACUGAAAGAAGGAUCACACUCUGAGCAAACUGAGAGUUCAGGAAGUUCAACAGUGCAUGAAGUUUUGCCAAGAGAUGAUAAUGAUCAAUUAGGAAUAUUUUCAGACAUGAGUGUUAAUUGGGAGGCAUUGAUCGAGAUGCAUGAAUUUGCGGGUAUUGAGGAAUCAGAAGCCACCCAUCUUGAAGCAUAUGACCCGAAUGACCACCUUAAUUUCUCAACUUCCAUUUGGGACUUUUAAGAAACUUAGCUGAUUUGUCAAGAAACGAGGAACCACCUUAGCUAGCUUUUAUGGACUUGAAAUCUAGUUAGAAUUAGAUAUGAUAUUCCCUCUAGCCUUAAAUAUAAGCAAAAAAUUACAUGUAUUUGAUCUAAAUUUGGACUAAAUACACAUACUUUUUUGCUUAUAGUUAAGGUCGUAGGGAGUACUACUUAGUAGUAACUAUGCCUAAGCUAUAGAUCAGAUGGUUUUGGUUCUGCUAGUACUCAAUUGUUGUUUGACUUAUGUGUGACGAAUUUCAAUUUAUUGACAGCAAUGUAAGAGUAGGAAAAUAGCCAGGAGGGAGCUUGUUUUAGUAGUAGUAGUAGCAGCAAAGACCAUGUCACACUCACGCAAUAAUUUAACAAAUUUAAGAUUUUGACAGUAUA